GUUCUCACUUAUAGUUACCAAAUCACUGAGCAGAAACAAAGCUGCUGUGUGCAGUUCUUGGUGAAGAAGCGAUGAAGACGCUGUACUUGUUCACGCUCACGCUGUCUGGUGUUCUCACUCAGGUCAGUGAUUAUGGUGUGAACUAUCCGGAUAAUCCGAUCUGUGCUGUGAGAGGAUUCAGUGUCUCCAUUCCCUGUAGUUAUUAUUAUCCAACAUCAAAUCCCAGUAUUCAGGUGAUACGAAUGCUUUGGUGCUCAUUGAACUCAAACACAGGAAGGUGUAUAAACCCCCCGUAUGUUUAUAACAGCUCAUCAAUCACCACAUCAGACUUUGAGUACGCUGGAGACGACAAAUCAGACUGCACUUUGUUAAUCCACAAUGUACAGUUCAGUUAUUCUGGAGAGUACAGAUUCAGAUUUAUAACUGAUAAUCCCAGUGACAGAUACACAGGUGAUCCUGGACCGACUCUACAAGUUGCAGAUUUAAAGGUGUCACUAAUCAGGCUCAGUGGAAUCGGAACCCUUAAACAAGGAGACUCGUUAAAUCUGACGUGUGAUGUGAACUGCACACAAAGUUCCUCACAGUUUGUGUGGUCUAAGAACAACGAGCGCUUAAAUACAUCAGGACGCGUUCUUCACUUUCCUGCUGUAACCGUGAGGGAUUCUGGGAAUUACACCUGCACUUGGAAAACCAACAGGGCGUCAGGAUCUGAAACGAUCAGCCUUCUCGUCGAGGGUGAAAACCCUGAAAGAGAUUUUGCUCAAUGGCACAUCUGGAUCAUUGUUCUGGUGAUUGUUGCUGUGAUUUUGGUGAUUGUGGCAGCUGUGAUUAACCACGGGAGGAAGAGAGUAGAAGCUGAAGAAGAAAACAGUGGGAAAGGCGCAGAGAAAGCACAGCAGGUUGGAGAAAACACACAUGAUAAACCGACAAAGCCACAAAUAAACAACGUUCCUCAACUGGAUGAUGAAACGUUGCACACGGAGGAAGUGACUUAUGCGACUGUGUUUGUCAAAGACAAGAAACUUGAGCAAGGACGUGUCCACACUGAACGACAGGAGGAGGAUGACAGUGUUAUCUACAGCACUGUCAAAAACACCUGAUCACAUUUGUACAUCUCAUUCAACCAGACACCGUGAGGCCUGUAAAUAUUCCCCUUGUGGGACUUAAAAUAAAAUGUGUGUCAUUUUAGGGCUUAUUAAUGUCAUAUAAAGUGUCCAGCUGUUUGCUUUAAACGUACACUUGGAUAGGAGAUUGCCUUUACAACUGAAUUUGUUUUAAUAAUCACUCAAGCUAAUUUUUUCCUUUAAUAAUUGUGUUGUUUUGGGAAACAGACUUUCGGUAAGCGCUUUAUCCUGGUCAGGCUCCUGGUGGAUCCAGAGUCUAUCCUGGGAAUACUGGGAGCAAAGCUGGAAUAAAUUCACCCUGGAUCUGACGGCAGUCCAUUGCAGGGCACCGUGUACACACGCAUUCACACACGCAUUCACACACGCAUUCACACACGCAUUCACACACGCAUUCACACACGCAUUCACACACGCAUUCACACACGCAUUCACACCUAGGAGAAAUUUAACGUAGCCUGUCUAUCUACAGACAUGUUUUUCAGAAAGUGGGAGGAAACUGGAGAACCUUGAGGAAACCCACGCUAACACAGUGAAGAUUAUGCUGCCUUUUCUCCCUAAAGAAUGAUAAAUUCUGAUGCUCUGUAACCGUUAAUGUAAAUGCUUUCCUAAAACACAAAAAUCCACCAUAUCUUUAAGUUAAAAUGUUUCUUUUUAUUUAUUUUAACCACAGUACAGGUGUAAUCUUGUGUUGUUGUUUUUUGUCGUAUAGAGAAAAUCGUAAAUGUUACUAGUUCUAUUUUUUUUUUUUAAUUGUGGAAUUCUGCAUGAAAACCUUUUUUUGUUUUUUUUAAAAAUUUGCUUCUCAGACAACAGCUAUAAUAUGGAGUGUAUCGUAUUGUCAGAAAUACAUAAACAUAUCUUAUAAAUCAA